CAAACAAUAACAAAGAAAACAAAGACAAGGAAAAAGACAAAAAAAGGCAGAACGAAGAAGAGGAAGAGAAGAAGGCGAAGAAAGGAGACACAGAAAACAAAGCCAAAGAAAGAGAGAAGAAAACGGACCAGAAUAAGAACGACGAACCGAAGGAAAGCAAAGAAAAAAAUAAAGAAAAGGAGAAAGCAAAGAAGAAAGAAGAAAAGGCGAGAGAAAAGGACACGAAGAAGAAAGAAGACAAACCAAAAGAAAAGAAAGUCGAAGAAAAGACGAAAGAGAAGAAAAUCGAAGAGAAGACGAAGGAGAAGAAAAUCGACGAAAAGACGGAAGAGAAGAAAAACGAAGAAAAGACGGAAGAAAACGAAGAGAAACGAAAAGAAGGAAACACAACGGAGAAGCGAGAGGUCAACGUACCGAGGAUUGAAGUCGCCGAGGUCAUUUCGGGUCAAGAGGCGGACGCAGCUGCUCAAGGUCGACCUCCAUCCGCCAGCUCGUCCUCCAGCGCCUCCCCCGCCCGCUCGACCUCGACCUUGGCGCCGCCUCCGAGCUCGUCCUCGACCAAGGCCAGGGGCGAGGAGGGGGGGAGGGCGGAGGAGAAACUGAUGGGGAUUUUGUACAAGAAAGGAAAGGGUCCCUUCGGCUCCUGGAAGCGCUACUACUUCGUCCUCAAGGGACAGCUCCUCAUGUACUACUACUCGGAGCACGACUACAAGGAGCUGUCGAGUUUCAAGGGCUCGCUCGAUCUCACGAUGCUGGAUGAAGUGAGACAGAAGAAGAGGGGCUUCUUGAAGUCGCACUUCCCCUUCGCCCUCGGCAGGAGGAACCUCAAGCACAUUAUGCUGGCGGCCGAGACGAGCGAGCAGAGAGACCAGUGGAUGUCGGUCCUGAGAAGCUCGCUACUGAGACCAACGGGCGGGUCUGGGAAUCGGUCGGACUCGAACAUCCCUGCUCCUCGGGUCGGGGACUCGUUGCAGGAGAAAAGCGCGACGUUGCCCGCGCGAGCCAAGAACUCGCCCGCAUCCUCGUCCUUGAGUGAGUCUGAGGACGAGGACAAGAAGGACGAGGCCAAGGAGGAGGAGGCCAAGGAGGAUGACGAACCCAAGCUCAUUCAGCCCAAGAAGGUGCAGAGGAUCCCCAUGAGCCCGAUGGGGCAGAUCAAAAUCGACGCCGUGAGGCUGAGGAAGGUCGACAAAAAGCCCCUCGAGGACAAGAAGGACCGGGACAAGGCCGAGGGAGAAGAAGCGCCGGAGGAACUCGAUCCUGAGGCCAAAUUUGGGGUGAAGCUGAAGAAGCACCAUCUGUCGGUUACGUCGGCGACGCGAGGGGACGUCGGGGAGGCGAAGGAGGCGAAGGAGGAGGCGAAGGAGGAGACGAAGGAGACGUCCUUAACGCCGAGCUCGAAGCGUCCUAAUAAGAAUCCGAUCAUUCCUCUGGGCAAGAGUCCUCUGCUGAGCCGUCCCGAAGGCGAGCUCCUGAAGACGUCCUCGCCGGAGACCCAGAGGAGAGGAGGGACGCCCGAGAGGAAGAAGUCCCCCUCGCCGAGCAUCCCGCUCUCCAGGGGCGUCCAUUCCGUGCUGGCCAAGUCGGGCGAAGAGGGGGACGAAGAGGGCGAGCGAGGGGACCGCGAAGGAAGAGAGGAAGGGGAAGAGAAGCGAGCAGAUGGCGUCGACGCUCGGGAAAGGGAAGGCAGCGAGAAGAACCCGACCACGAAACCCAACAGAUCGCCCUCAUCUUCGUCGCCGAGCGAGUCCGAGGAGGAGGAGGAGAAGGAGAAGGAGGAAAAGAAGGACAAGGGGAAGGAGGAGAGCAAGGAGAAGAAGGACAAAGAGAAGGAGAAGGAGGACGAGGAAAAGAAGGUACGGGGAAUCCCCCUCAGUCCCCCGGUCCCGAUGAAACCCAAGAAGAAAGAGCGUCGGCCCUCGAGGGAUCCGGGACACCGAGAGGACAAGGGCGAGAAGGAAGACGCGCCAAAGGCUCUCGAUCCCGACGCGCCAUUCGAGCCGAAGGUGAAAGGGGACGUCGCGGCGGCGGCUGAGGAUGGCGGGGAAAAGGAGAAAGCCAAGGAGAGGACGCCGGGGGACUCUGAGCGGGCGAGGGGCAGCGCGUCUCCGGGGGCGAAGGAGGACAGUCCGAGCUCCUUCAGCUCGGCCUCGAGGGACCAAGAUCUGUCCUCGCAGGGCUCCCUCUCGAGACAGGGAUCGGAGGGGGAAUUCCUGCAGGUCUCGGUGACGCUCAAGGAGAGCGCGGGGGACGAGUCUGAGUACGACCAGCUGGACGAAGACGUUUUGCGAAGCGUGAAGCCAAGUGGGACUCCAGACGCGGCGGCCGGAGUGGCGAGCGACGGCGAGCGAGAUCAGAAAGCUUCGGAAGCCUCCCUGAAGCCUCCUUCCCCGCACCACACGCCCUCCUCGUCCGAAACUUCGUCCCCGGCUUCGAUCAGAACUCUAGAGGAAAACGAAAAGCCGAGGCUGCCGAAGCAAGGCAGCUGCAGCGCCGGAGCCACGCCCCCGAGAAGCCCCUUCAGGCGCAGGAGCAACACCAACGAUAGUUCCGGGUCGUGCAAGAGCGAACCUGAGACGCCGGAGAAAAAGUCGGGCAAGUUCAAGGCCAUCUUUGCGCGCGGUCGGUCCGGGAGUCUGGACGUGGGGCGCCCCGACAGCGGGAAGGGGGAAUACGAGGUCAAGGGCAAGAACAGCAGCGCCUUCUCCAAGUUCCUGCACAAGAAAAUGUCCAAAGAGAAGGUCAAAAAGGAGAGAGAAGGUUCGUCUCCUGAUAUGAAAAAGAGUUUGGAGACGGCCAGGGAAGCCGCGCCGGCCGACCCAGUGACUCCUCGGGAAGCGCGAGAGGCGGACGCCCCUUCGACGCCAAAGGAAGCGAUACCCACGGUGAACGUCGUGUCUGCCCUGCCGGAGGAGAGCGAGGGCCCCGGUGAAGCGGAGGUGGCGGUCACCCUGCGUUUCGGCUUCCAGGCGAGCGGCGAGUCGCGGGGCAGCACCUACAGCCGCUCCUCCACCGCCUCCAGAGAGCAGGACCCGCCGCCGAUGGUGCCAGAGAAGACCCGAAUCCGAGAGAAGUCCCCCGUGCACGACAUCCCGCGCUCCAACAGGCCCGUGCCCGCGAUGCACUCGAUCCCGAAGGAGGAGCCCCGGGCCGUGGAGGGCAAGGUCGUGGACGGCAACAUUUCCCUGGAGCAGAUCAACGCGAUCCUCAGCGCCAAGGAGAGCAAGAGGCGCCAGUCCCGCGAGCGAGAGGGCUCCGUGGAGGGCGACGCGGCCAAGGGCCUGGGCGCCCGCAGGCCCUCCUCCAUCUCCACCACGAGCGUCGAGAGUGACGAGCCUCUCCCCAAGACCAACUUUAUCGACUGUGAUAUUUCCUCCUCGAGCUCGGGGAGUCUCAAGGACCAGGCGAGGAGCCGCGACUCAGUGGGCUCCGGCGACCAUGUGCGCCUGUCAGCCGACCUCGAGGCGGCGGCCGACACGGAGGCGUCCGUCACUCUCCGCAAACCGAAGCUGACGGACAGCCUCACUGCCGGGCCGAGGGUGAGCCUCACGCAGCCCGAAUUCACGGUCGUCGAGGAGGACGCGGCCGCCGCUUCCCCAGAGACGGAGCGCCAGACUCGGGGCGCCUCUCCGGACGACCGUCGAAGCGAAAGCGAUAUCGACGACGACGGCGACGACGAAGACGAGGAGGCGGAGCAGAGCGACUACUUCCCCGUCGUCGGCGUGGAGGUGCGGCCGCCCUCCCCGACUAACCUGAAGCUGCACGACUCGCCGACGCUGAACAUCACCCGACUCAAGGCCUUCAUAGGAGAGAUGGAGAAGGAGGACGCCAAGCCUUCCAGCGUGAGGACGGGCAUCAGCCGCCUGGGCCACAGCGCCGCCGUCGAGAAACUCAAAGAGGAGAUCACCGAGGAGCCGCGAGACUGAGGCCAAACGUGGCUGAAGCUUUAUUAAUAUUUUACAAGUGAGAACAUCCGCGUCCAAAGGGCUUCUCGGACCAACUGCCCGGAAAAGCGCUCAAUAAAUGUCUUGUUAAUCCAAACUCUCAUCUCUAACACAAGCUUCGAUAUCUUCACAUUAAUGCACUCUAAUCUCUAACUUGCAACACAUCAACGUGAACAUAAUGCUAAUGUAUACAGAUGGAAAUUUAAACCCACAAAACAUUUAACAAACGCAUUUUCGGGCAAUUGGUCUGAGAACACUGAACACGCGUGCCUUGAUAUAACACGUGAUCGCCGAGUGAAGGAAAGUCCUUUGUUCCCUUAUUCUCUUGUUCGUUUGUUCUCCUGUUCUCUUGUUCUCCUAUUACCUUGUUCUGCUGUUCUCCUGUUCUCCUAUUCUCCAGUUCUCUUAUUCUCCUGUUCGCUUGUUCUCCUGUUCACGGGUUCCUUCGGAAGGCAAAAAUGUCGGAAGGUAACGAAUAUGUCGACGGUUUUCUUCAAAGUAUUGUUUUUAAUUGCUUUAUGAUGGAGGUGGCCGACGAGAGGGCAAUACGUUCACUUAAUUUCGUCAUUGUAAAAAGAAACUAUUUUCUCUUUCCUUAUUUAUGUCUCUCUCUCUCUCUCUCUCUCUCUCUCUCUCUCUCUCUCUCUGUCUCUGUCUCUGUCUCUGUCUCUGUCUCUGUCUCUGUCUCUGUCUCUGUCUCUG